CAAGGAGGACCCCGGGCGCUGUUGUUAUUUUUCCCGUUUGGAUUAAAGUGGAGAUAAGAUUCCAGAAACAGCGAGAGUCAGGACAGCAAGUAAACGUGUGAGAAGAGAUUUUGUUGUUUGAGUGCAUAGAACCUUGGUCUGCUUAUGGGAUUUACUAGAGUUGACAAUGUCAAAAUCUAAUGUUGGCAGAAAGAUUGUUUCUGCUAAGUUGACAAACUGGGUUCAGCCGGCUUUUGAUGAUUUUCUCAGUGACUCCACCAUCACCUCAGUGACUUCCCACGGAAAACCAUCAGGCCAUUCAUUGUCGAGUAAUGGUGGUCAGAAAAUUUUCCAGCCGGAAAGAGACAAAAGAUCCAAGUUCUUCCCCUUAAACAGCACAAAGAAUAGAAAAAGAACCAAGACAACUAACAAGGGACUGCUUAAUUACCGCAAGAGUAACCCACCUUCAAAUCGAACUGAACCCUGGGUGGAUGAAUACAUACCUCGGACACAGAGUGAGCUUGCAGUUCAUAAGAAGAAAAUCGAAGAGGUUGAAAAUUGGUUAAAAGUCCAUAUACGACAGAGAUGCCACCAGGAUGGUUCCAUCUUACUACUGACAGGUCCUUCAGGCGCUGGCAAGACUGCCACACUACAAGUACUUGUAAAGGAGCUGGAAAUUCAACUGCUUGAGUGGACAAACCCUCUUCAAAAUGAAUUUAAGAAGCCUGAAUUUAGGGACUCCUUUGAUAUUGAUUCAAGUUUCCAGCAGUACACCAGCACGUCACAGUCUGUUCUAUUUCAUGAGUUUCUGUUACGAGCUAACAAGUACAAUAAACUCCAGAUGUUGGGAGAUUCCUUUCAAACGGACAAGAAGGUGAUUCUUGUGGAAGAUAUUCCAAAUCAGUUUUAUAGGGAUCCUUCAUGCAUGCAUGAAGUCUUGCGCAGGAGGUUUGUACAGACAGCAAGGUGUCCACUAGUGUUCAUCAUUUCUGACAGUGUAAGUGGAAGCAGCAACCAGAGGUUCCUCUUUCCUAAAGACAUCCAGGAAGAGUUGUGUAUUUACAAUAUCAGUUUUAAUCCUGUGGCACCCACAAACAUGAUGAAAGUUUUAAACAGAAUAGCUUCUCAAGAGAGUGGUGGAAAGACUGUUGCCCCUGACAAGGCAAUGCUGGAACUGGUCUGCCAAGGCAGUGCUGGAGACAUCAGAUGUGCAAUAAAUAGCCUCCAGUUUGCUUCAGCACAAGGUUCUUCAUUGGAGCAAAAUCAGCUGUCAUUCAGCAAAAGAAAAAUUCUAGCCAAAGCAGGCACAUUUUCAAAAGGAAAACUAAAAGGAAAGGCAUCUGAGAAGGGAGACUGCCUGCAAGCAAUUGGAAACAAGGAUCCUUGUCUCUUUCUGUUUCGAGCACUGGGGAAAAUACUUUACUGUAAACGAGAGGCACCAAAUGGUGUGGAUUUGAAUGAUUUACCAACUCAUCUAUCUGAACAUGAGAGGGAUCCACUGCUAGUUAAUCCUGAGGAAGUAAUUGAAAAUUCACAUAUGUCUGCAGAGUUGUUCAAUCUUUACCUUCACCAAAACUACCUUGAUUUCUUCAAAGAAAUAGAGGAUGUUGUUCGAGCAAGUGAUUAUCUAAGUGAUGCAAACUUCUUGAUAGCAGACUGGAAUCAUCAUUCCACCAUGAUGACGUACAGUGCAUCUGUAGCAACUCGAGGCAUAAUCCAUGCAAACACAGCUCGAGCUCGGGCUAACUGCCAGGGAGGAAUUGGCUUUAAACCUUUUCACAAACCACAGUGGUUGUUGAUAAAUAAAAAGUACCAUGAGAACUGCAAUGCAGCCAAAGGCUUUUUUUCAAAUUUCUGUUUAGCACCAAUAUGUCUUCAGACUCAGUUGUUGCCAUACCUUGCUCUGCUGACAAACCCCAUGAGAAAUCAAGCCCAGAUUAAUUUUAUCCAAGAUGUGGGAACGUUUCCUUUUAAAAGAUACCCUGCUAGACUAACAUUGGAGACUUUAACAGAUAAAGAUCCUGGAAUUAUGGAAUUGGAUAAUGAUGAGAAUUUUUCUUUGGCAACAUCAUCAGUGGGGAUGGAGACCCAGAAUUCCGCUGUGUCAGCAAGCCAGACUGGUAGUGGAGAUCUACCAAACAGCCAACCACAACCUACCAUAACACAAUCCAUUCUUGAAGAGGAAUUCAUAAUAGAGGAAUAUGAUAGUGAUUAAGACUUGCUUUUGGCUUGUGUUUUUGAAGUGUACAAAUAUUUAUUUUUUUCAGAUGUCUGGAAACCCAAGUAAAUAGCUGGUUAAAGCAUUGUUUCAAUAACACAAGUUUAGUGUCUGCUAAAUCCACAAUAACUGGAACAACCUAUGUUUUUACAAUCAUAUGGAGUGCCUUUGAAUCAUUGGAAAUUUACAGUUUCCUGUGUUUGCUUCACUAAGAUCUACUGAAAUGUUGCAGUCUUACUAAAAGACUCUAUAAGAACAAUUUAUUUGAGUAACUGUACCAAAAUAAUCAGAGCUUCAGCCUGGUCAGUUGAUGGGAUUCUUGAGUCAGAAUGGUUGUGGAUUUAAGAUCCAUAUCAGGACUUAGAACUCAGUCUAGGCUGACAUUCAAAUACAGUGCUUGGGGAGCACUGCUUUGAUGGUGUUGUCCUUCACAUGAGUUGUUAAACUGAGAUUCAGUUUGCCUGUUCAGUUGCACAUUAAAGAUCCUGUGGAACUAUUUGAAAAAUUCAGUGUCCUAACCAACAAUUCCCCAGAUAAAAUUGGUUAAUCACUUCAUGGCUGUUUAUGGGACACUUCGUGCAAAUUGGCUGCCAUGUUCGUCUACAAAAUGCAGUCACAAAACUUCACUGUGAAUCCUUAUUUUGAGAUGGCUUCCUGAAGUGAUAAGAUGCUAGAUAAAUGCAAUGAUAUUAUAAAAUAAUUUGUUUAUUAUGACUCACUGCAAAGUAAAUGAUUUUGUCUGAUGGUUUUGAGGAUUUGUCACAAUUCUAUCAAAUGUUUUCUAUGAAUUUUCAUACAUAAUUUUGAACAUUUGUAUUGACCUUAAAGUUACUGAGUCAGUUUCCAAGUGCAGCUCUGCUUUGAACAUGUAUAUGAAGUUUCUUUAUCCAGAUGCAGAGCCAAGAAGAAGAAAAUUACUUAUGUUUAUAUGCUUAGCAAACGUCUUCGUGAAGAGGACACAACAAAGUCUACAAAACACAAAUAAUUUAUGCUUUAAUAGGAUGUACAGUUGCCAUUUUUACUAGUUGGCUGUAGAAUUCACAAAAUUAACCUGUUAAUGCUAUUAAAUUACCAGUACGGUUGCUACUUCA